GACUACUGCUUGGUCGACAUUUUAGUACAGCAUCAUCAGGACUGACGUGGGGACUACGUGGGCAGAGGCUCGAGCCAUCCACUCCUACCAUAAUUAGUGACGAGUCUGACUACGUAGAAGUUUGGUUCCUGACAUUUUCAGUCCGAUGACCAUGGACACAGAGGUUGCGUCACAACAGGAUGGAAGUGUUGAUGACUCAAUGUCUGAUGAAGAACCAAGCCACAGUGAAUCAAACUCCCCCACUGCUGUUCUCACCCAGGUUUCUGGAUCAAGAGCCUCGGCUGGUAUGACGGUUGUUCAGUUACCUGGUGGACAGACCGUUCAGGUCCAAGGAGUGAUACAGGCUCCUCAGGCCUCUGUUAUUCAGUCGCCACAGAUGCAGUCUGUACAGAUAACCUCUAUGUCUGGGCUUGAAGGUGAGGAGUCAACAGACACACAAAAAAGACGAGAGAUUCUGUCAAGACGGCCAUCUUAUCGAAAAAUCCUCAAUGAACUGUCAUCGGAUUCCUCCUCAAUUCCAAAAAUUGAGGAGGAGAAAGCUGAAGAUGAGAUUCUUCCCUCAAGUGUCCCUUCAGUUCAAGUGCCAACUUCAAUCUAUCAGACGAGCACUGGCCAAUACAUUACCAUCACCCAAGCGGGAGCCAUCCAGAUAGCCAGCCCAGGGACUGAAGGCUUACAGACUCUGGCCAUGUCCAACUCAGCUUCCCCACAGAUCUUGCAGUAUGCGACCCAGGCAGGGGACUCAGGACAGCAGUUAUUCUCUGUACAAGGUCAAGUGGUGAUACAAGCGGCCACUGGAGAUAUGCCAGCGUACCAGCUGCGUUCGCCCUCUUCCGGCCUCCCCCAGGGCCUGGUGAUGGCAACCUCCCCCGGCUCCCUGUCCAUGAACAGCCCCCCGGUGCACACCGAGGAAGUCACACGCAAGAGGGAGGUCCGCCUCAUGAAAAACAGGGAGGCUGCACGGGAGUGCCGCAGGAAAAAGAAGGAGUACGUCAAGUGUCUGGAGAACCGCGUGGCCGUGCUGGAGAACCAGAACAAAACCCUCAUCGAGGAACUCAAAGCACUAAAGGACAUUUACUGCCACAAGAACGAGUAGAUCAGUGGGCGUGUGCCACAGAGGGAGUGCCGUCGUAUGGGUCAAGCACGUGAAGUGCAGUUUACAGACUUACUGCAGUAAAGGAAAAAAACAAGCCUCUGGGAUAAAACAACAACAACUACUUUCACCGUCUCUGUUCGCUCGUCUUGCUCCGGUUGUUGGGAUCGUCACGUCGGGCAACUCUCCGGGCUCCCGGUAGGCCGCCACGCACGCGCUUCUUCCAGGAUGGACCAGCGGGUUCAUGUGCAUCGCCAGGGAGUGCCGCACGUCAUGCCUGACCACACUGUGGACGCGCGGAAGUCCCGCCGCCAGCCAAGCGCUUCACCUGCAUCGGGCUGUCAUGCCAACUCCUUGUUACUUAUUGGCUUGUUUGGCUUGACAAUGACAGAGAUGCAGUUGACGAGAGUUCAAACCAAUUUGGAAGCAGGCCAAACUGAGCUAUCUUUUCAUACGUCACCUCAGUCUAGAGUUCUUAUUUCUCUGCACUUCAAACCAGGUGAUCCCCUUCUUUAAGGAUGGAAUUCAACAGAAAGAAAGGAAAUUUGUAUUUGCCCAUAUACGUUUUCUAAUAGUAUGUUUCCAGCCAUUGAAGUAGUCAUAUCGUACGUGACUCAUUUCCAACAAAUGCUCCAUCUGUCAUCAGUUGUUCUCCCAUUUGGUCUGUAUUUUUUGAGAGCUAUGUAUUAUACUGAUAAGUACUGAUAUUUUAUACACAUUUUAUGUGAAUUACUUUCUAAUAAUGAUGUGCCCCAAAUAUACACAUGCCCCUAUAUAAUGCAUUGAUUUAGACUUGACUUCGUUUGGCGCUGGUUAAAAGUAAUACAUUAAAUAUGGAAUAUGGUGCUAUUUGGGACCACAAUAGUGUUCUUGAGUUCUCUGUAAAGGGUAUUGCCAAUUCUUUAUUAAUAAGAGCAUAGAUUUGACUACCAUGAUCUUGAUACAGCUUCAUUUUCUUUCCUCACACCAUUUUUUAUGUGAUUUUGCAGCCUCUCCCUUGCUUUUAAUUUUGUAAUAGCCUGGCUUUUUUGUUUACAGGUAUAUACGGUUGUCUUUUUGUUAUCAGGCCAGUGGAUAUGCAAUUCAGUUGAGAUGUACAAUUAAUUUGAUUUAGUAAAUGUUAUUUUUAUAGCUUUGAAACGUAAAUAGAACAGGUUAGCACUUAAACCAAUUGUUCAGGGUGUGUUUUGAUCCUUGCUAUGCUUUAAGAUAUUCAGUUUCUAAUAAAAUAAAAUAAAAAAUAUGUGUGCAAACACUG